GGUGAUACAUUGCAACAUCAUAUGGGUGCAUCAUCGGCGCUCAGUCGUUUGAGCGGUAUGCCAACGCCGAGUCCAUUGACUCCAAAUUCAAUGGAUGAACUACUACCAUCGGUGGAUGAGUUGCAAGAGUAUCCACCAAAAAGUGACGAUCUAGCGACAACAAUACAUAAAAUGGCGGCCGAAAGUGUAGCCGCUUCAACGCUAACAGCGAUAAAACAGGCGGGUACCAGUGUUGCACUGACAACAACAAUGGGCGCAACAACAAUGACGGCGGCGGCGGCGAGUACGGGUGCCAGUGGCAGUGGCAGCGGCUGCUUGGUAACACCGGGCACACCGUCAGAUGGGGCUGGAGCGGCCGCUUAUAUUGGACCAUGUAGUUCAUCGACUGAAGCGCUCUAAAAAGUUAUACAUAAGCGAUAUAUACAUAUAUGUAUGUAUGUAUAUAAAACAGCCAGUAACGAAAUAUACAAAGUACGAGUACAUACAA